AUGAUUAAUACUCUCACACUUCACCCAACUACCCGUCUUUCUUCUCUCCCUCUUCACCUCACACACUUCCCACCCAUUUCCCAUUCUUCUCCUUUUUUUCUCCCCAAUCUCAAACCCAUUUCCCCUCUCACUUCCUUGUUUUCUUCCACUCCACUACAGUCUCCCUCUCGCCGGAAACUUCCUUCUUCCACCAUGCUCCACCAUGACCCUAUUGUCUCUGAUUUCAUUGCAACGGCUAUCUCUGGUGUUGUUGCUACCUCGUUUCUUAGGUUGUGGCAAGAAACUGCAAAACGUGGACUUUUUGAUCAGAAAUUGAAUAGGAAACUUGUGCACAUAUCUAUUGGGCUGGUAUUCAUGCUCUGUUGGCCAUUAUUCGGUACUGGUGAAUGGGGACCUUUCUUUGCGGCUUUUAUUCCGGGAGUCAAUAUACUUCGGAUGCUAGCUAUUGGACUUGGAAUAUGGAAAGAUGAGGCCACUGUGAAAUCAAUGAGCAGAUUUGGAGAUUAUAGGGAACUUCGUAGAGGACCACUGUAUUAUGCUGCAACUAUUACUUUCGCAUGCAUAAUAUACUGGAGAACUUCGCCAGUUUCCAUUGCUGCAAUUUGUAAUCUCUGUGCAGGAGAUGGUAUGGCUGACGUUGUCGGAAGGAGAAUUGGUAGUAAAAAGUUACCUUACAAUAAAUACAAGUCCUAUGCUGGUUCAAUUGCAAUGGCAUCUGCUGGAUUCUUGGCUUCUAUUGGGUAUAUGUGGUAUUUUACGUCGUUUGGAUACAUGGAAGGAAGCUGGAACAAGGUUAUAGGUUUCUUCGUUGUGUCUGUUAUCACGGCAAUAGUGGAAUCUCUUCCGAUCAGCACAGAUCUUGAUGACAAUCUCACAGUUCCCCUCACUUCCAUAUUGGUAGGAAGCAUGAUCUUCUGA